AUGCGGCUGAUGGGCUGCGUUUCUGGCGCUGGCGCGGACGCGGAAGGCCGCGAGGCGCGGAAAGUCAACAAGCAGAUCGAGGAGCAGCUCGCCAAGGACAAGCAGGUCAUGCGAGCCACGCAUCGACUUCUCUUACUUGGUGCUGGUGAGAGUGGUAAAAGUACAAUAGUGAAACAGAUGCGAAUAUUGCACAUCAACGGCUUCAGUGAGGCUGAAAAAAUGGAGAAAAUCAAGGAUAUCCGAAGGAACAUCCGCGAUUCAAUGCAGGUAAUUCUGCGCGCGAUGGGCACGAUCGAUCCGCGAGUGUUCCUGGACGAUCCAAGCACUCAGGCGAGCAUGGACUAUGUUUUGAACUGUGUCAAUGAAGUGGACGGAGAAUUUUCACAGGAGUUUUAUGACCACGUCGCUAAAUGUUGGGCAGACAAGGGCGUGCAGGCAUGCUACGAGCGAAGCAGUGAAUACCAGCUUAUCGACUGUGCAAAAUAG